GGAAUUUCCGAAGUGAACGGUUCGGUGUCGCGGUUGCCCGAAAAUUGAGUAAAAGCGCCGACAAUGUUGUUUGCCAUUUUCACACGCGAAUAAUUUCAACCUGCAAAUUUUUGUUUUUGCAAACUGUGAAAAUGCCAUCGAAGCUUCGAAAAAUAGUGCAAGAAGUUGCAUUUUAAACAAUAUACGAAACUCUUUCAACAGUCAACGAACUUGUCAUCGUAGCCGCAAGAGCGAAAGAGACGGAAAAGCCAGAGAGAGGGAGAUAGAGAGAGAGCGAGUCUCUUCUCCGCCUCUGAAAUUUGCAUAGAGAAACACGACACAAAAAGCAGCAACAUACAGGAUGUCGCACGAAACAGCAGUUCCACCUGCAGGAUCAACAGCAGUGGUUUCCUGCGCGGAGAACUCCUCGAAAGUGGAGGUCAUUGUGUACACCACAAAAUCGGAUAAGACACUCAAGCAGAAUAUGAAUGCCAAGGACGAUACGUUGAGGAAGCGAACAUCCUUGAUUAUUGUGCCGCAGCAGGUGCACGAUAUCCAGGUGGAAGUGGAUCACCUGAAGGAUCAGCUGAAGGAGUCACCAAAAUCCAGGGACAACGCCAAUCGCAACUCAACUGCCAGCAUGGAGAGUUGUGUUUCCAACACCACCAGCAAGAGCAUCCAAUCGAGCGGUGGAUCCUCCAGUUCAUCCGCUUCGAGCAGCGGAAGUAGCAGUGGCUCCGAGGAUGCCCAUGCCGCCUAUCAGGACCUGCAGAACGGCAAUGCUGGACAGGAUCUGCACUCGCCUUCGCCGGUGCCAAGGUGCCACUCCUCCACGUCCACUUCCUCCGUGUCGGAGUCCACAUCCUGCUCCAGUUCGGCGGACUAUUCGCUGAGGGAGCAGCUCAAGAACUUCGCCAAUCGAAGUAAUGAGGAGCAGCUACUGAGAUCCUCAGGUGGAGGAAAUGUGGAGCAGACUGGUCGUUUGAUCAAGGUAAUGAGUCUUCCUGUGGCCAGUGAUCAGCAGUCCGCCAUCUGCGAUUCAUUGCUCAGUCCACAGGAAGUUCCGCUGGGACGACGGUACGCCGAGGUGGCACAGUUCAAAGGUCACCCGAAGGCAAGAACGAGUGAGCCGCUUCCUUCUGCUGGAAACACGGCCUCGUCCUUGGAAAAUGCCUCUGUGGAUGGCGGCAAUUCCCACAGUGGCAACAACAACAACAUCAACAACAUUCACAAUGGCCAACAGUCACAAAAAUCUCAGCAGCAAGCGAGUCUCAGCGCCAUCAGCAGCAAACUGAAUGUCCUGUCAAAUCUCAAUAAAAACAACAACAACAACAAUAACAACAACAACGGAUCCAUGACAUCCGCUCCAAAUCGAACGGGAUUGGAUUCGAAUCAGAAUCAGAAUCAGAAUCAAAAUCAGAACCAAAACCAAAAUCAGAAUCAAAAUCAGAACGGCGACAGUCGCCGGAGCAGCAGCCUCGAUCCGGAUGUGGAUGACGUGGUGGACGCCACCAUUGGUGGCGCCUUCGAGGACGACAUGCAGGCCCUCCUGCCCAAGUGCUCCCGUCGCUCCCGGGAUGAGCUCAGUCAGUCGCGCACAUCCCUGGUGUCCAGUUCGGAGGGCGGCAUCCUCGCCGAGGGCGAGACGUCCAGCGAGGACGACGACGUAGAGGAGGAGCACGUGGAGGCGGAGGACGAGGACGACGGCGAGGGCGAGGAUGAGGCGAGCAGCCGGGACUCGAGCGACAAUUCGCCGCCAUGCGACUUGGGACUCAUGGAGCGACUGCUGCUGACGCAUCCGAUGUGGUUCCUCCCGGGAAUCCAGCGGUCCGGUGCCGUUCAUCUGCUCCAGGGCAAGGAGGAGGGGACCUUCAUAGUGCGUGGUUCCAGUCAGCCGAACACGAUGGCGGUUUCGGUGAGGUUGCCCCAGGACACGGGACCCUACAUCGAGCACUAUCUCAUCCAGUCGCACGACAAUGUCCUGAGCUUGGAGAGCUCUCGGUUCACCUUCGGAUCGAUUCCCUCGCUGAUUGCCCACUACGCCCAAUGUUGCGAUGAGCUGCCGGUGCAGCUGAUGUUGCCACGGGUUCUGAGGGAGGCGAACAACCGCAAGAAGCUGAGCUCGCUGGCUCUGUUGGGUCAGGAGUUCUGGAGCUAUGCGAGCAGUCCAGCUCUGCUGGGUCCGCCAUUUCCGGCGGUGGCUCCUUCGAAGGAUCACCAUCUGCUGGAUGCCAAAUCGCCACUUUCACUAACCGAAACGAGUGGCUUGGGCACGGCCACUUUCUUUAGUGAUGCGUUGGUUAAGCCACCGCCCACGGGUGCUCCUCCACUUCCAGGAGGAGGAGGAAUCGGUGGAGGAGGAGGUGGUGGAGGGGGAGGAGGAGGCGUAGGAAGCCUGUUCAGUCCCACUGGCAGUGGCCAACUGAUGGGAUUCUUCAGCCAGGCGGGAACUCCCUCGGACACCACCAACUCCAGUUUGAGUUCCUUUACCACCAGCGGAGGUCAGCACCUGCAGCUCCUCAGUCCGAAUUCCGUGGAUUCGGUGAUUCUCACCAUGUCACCGGUGGAUAAUCCAGGUCAUUACUUGCCGGGUGGUUCGGCGGGUCCUCUGGCUCCUUCGCUUUGCCCCUCGGUGGGUGAACAGCAGUUGAGCACCUUUAAGGUGGCAUCCCAAACCGCACCAGAUCAGGUGGAUCAGGUGCGUCCACAGCGACCGAAGCCACCGAACACACUGAAUCUCAAGCCACCGGCACCACCGUUGCGCUGGUCGAAGCCCCACUCGCCGGAUCAGAAUGGUGGAUCCAAUGGUAACUUUACGGUGACCACAACGGUCACCUUUUCAAUGGAGAAUGGUGGUGGGGGAAGUGGAGGAGUGGGAGUAGGAAGCGGAGCAAAUGGAAAUGGAGGUGGUAAAUUCGUUGAGGUCACCACUCCAGCGGCGAACAAUCCAUUCAAUUCCCUGCUCAAUGGACAAGCGAGCACCUUUCAGACAUUCUCAAAGCGUCUGUCACCAGAAGGCGAGUGCAAGGACACGCUCUCCUCGCAGGCAUCCUCCUCCUCGAACGAUGGUCGAUGGAAUAGGAAGCUCCUCACCAACCACCAGCACCAACUCCCCCUCACUCCGUUAACUCCAAGCGGCGGCAGCAGCAGCAGCGGUGGCAAAUCGCGCAAAGCGCGGGUGGGAAAGGAGUCGCAGCACUACAAGGAGUCGCCGAUCCUCGAGAGCCUCGCGCCGCAGUACUGCGCCAGUGCGCUGAGCGACAAGAUCAGCGACUACGAGGACGUCUGGUCGCACGAUCCCAGCGAUCGGGCGAGUCUCCUCACCAGCUUCCGACCGGCGGCGGACUCCAUUGGAGGUGGGGUCAUGAACCGACGACCCGAUCUGCUGGCCGAAACACCGAGCACUCCCACACCGACGCAGCCAUCGCACCUGACGCCCUGCGAAGAGGAAACCACUGCAACCACCACAACCACUGCCACGGCCAACGAAACCUCCAGCCAAUCCCUGCUGCAGUUCUCCGGCGAUGUGCCAGCCCGCUCGCGAGCAGGACUGCUCCUGCCGAAUCUCGCAGGGCAGACGCCACCAGCGGGAAUGAGCCAAUCCCUGACAGCGACGGAGGACGACGGAGGCGACACAACGCCCACGGCCGAGGGUCAAACACCGGGCGAAAGUCGGAGCAAGCAGGGCAGUCCCUUCUACGCGGAACCGGCGGAUGCACUGCGUCAGGCAGGCCUCACCAGUGCAGCCACCGCCAUUUUGAGGCGACAGCAUCGCAGUCAAGUGGUCCACGCCAGCCAAAGGCACUCGGAGCCACUGAAAGCGGGAUUUGCGGGAGCUUCAAAUGGUCCCCUCCUACAUUUGAAUCAUCUGGAGAAGUUGGCAGGCAGUCUGGAUGAACUGAAACCCAAGCCCAAGGGUAACCAACAGCAGCAGCAGCAGCAGCAGCAAUCGCAACAGCAACAGCAGCAACAGCCCACAAAACGGGCAAGAAACCGCAUUGAUCAUUGGCAAUUGGACAGCAGUUGGGAGUUCAUGGCCAAGCAGGAGACGGGCAGCCAUGCUGGCGGGGAUUACGAUGCGGCGGCCAUCGAUUGGCAGGAGAAGGAGAACUCGCUGGGCAGAGAGGCGAAUCCCGGCAAGAAGCGAGCCCUGACCAUCCAUCAGAUAAUCGCUAAGCGUUUGCCCGAUCUCAAUUUGCCGGAACUUGUGCGCUGCUCAACGCCGCCGCAGACGAUUGCCGCACUGCAGCCACAUGUCCUGGGACAGGAGAAGGCGGCACUCGGAGGAUGCGACGGGAGUCAGAAGUCAUUCCAGAGCCAGAACGGUGGAUGCCGGCUCUCCUCCUACGACAACGUCUUCUGCCAGAAUUCGUUUGGUGGCAUCGAUUCGGCGCAAUCCGAUGAUGGCACUAUUUUCUCGGAGCCCUGGGAUUCCUCCCAGUGGGACUCCUUCCUGCCCCACGAUGAUGCCACUAUCAACUCGGACACCAUUCAUUUGUCGAAGUGCCGACCCGCUCUCUCCGAGGACGACACGAUCAUCGAGGAACUGCAAAGCACCAAAGACGCCAGCAGUAGCAUCGACUGCAACCAGGACACCCUGAAGGCGAACAGGAGUGGGAGUGGUGCUGGCCACCACCACAAGCCCAGCAAUGCCGCUAAGGCCAGCGGUCGACCCAAGGUGGCCACCAUUCUGAGGAACCCCAGCAUGCGGGGCGAAGUCUUAUGUCACCCCCGCAACAAGAUGAGCAUUCAGAGCAGCGGACCCGGCGAUUCCCUGAGAGCCUACACCUUGCAACUGGCCCAGGAUCCCAGUUCGACGUUCGCCCGCAACAUCGAGAACUUCAUCUGCUGCACGAAGGAGUCGCGGGAGGCGGCACCGCAGGUGGUGAUGCGCAACAUGCGCCAGUUCAUGAGCGGCAUGAAGAACUAUCUGGUGAAGCACGGCGAAGGGAAGUUCCAUGCGGAAUUGGAAACGGCGCGAUCGCGUCUAAAGUCGGAUGAGUUCCUCAAUUUGGACGCCAUGCUGGAGACGGUGAUGCAUCAGCUGGUGGUUCUUCCACUGAGGGAACACCUCUACGGCAUCUUUGUGGAUCACUAUCAGCGCAGUGAGGAUAUCCAAUUGCUGGCGCAGAAUGUUCGCUACGCCUGCGAACGGGAAGCCGCUGACUUUGGCAUCCGACCAACGGUUACGCCGCCAUCGCAGGCAGCUCUACGGCUGAUUGCCAACCUGCUGUGGCGCCUCCAGGAGGCCGAACUGCCACUGGACAAGCUGGAGCUCUUCCUCUGCGUCAUUUCAACGGUGUUCGAUGCCACGGGAUGUGCACGUGGCCAGCAAUUGGGCGCCGAUGACUUCCUGCCGGUUCUCGUUUAUGUGGUGGCCAAAUGCGGAUUCGUUGGCGCCGAAAUCGAGGCGGAGUUCAUGUGGGGUCUCCUCCAGCCAACUCUGCUCAAUGGCGAACCGGGCUACUACCUAACUGCCCUCUGCAGCGCCGUUCAGGUUCUGAAGACCUUCAUGGCCUCCGAGGGAGAGAGCGGCAGCGGAUCCCUGGACUGGCGCUCGAGCUGCUUGCCCGCCUGCUCCAGUGUGCUGCGCGUGAUCAUCCCCGACGAGUGCAACGGCUCCCUGCAGACGAGGACACUGCCGGUGCGGCCACACACGACCACCCGCGAGGUGUGCCGCAUCAUAGCGCACAAGGCGCGCAUCACGAACCCGCAGGACUACGCCCUCUUCAAGCUGGUCGACGGCGAGGAGACGCUCCUCACGGAUGCCGAGUGUCCCCAGGACGCACGACUGGCGGCCAAGGGGAAGCACUGCAUGCUGGCCUACAAGCGAAUCGACGCGAAGAUCGCCUGGCCAACUGCCCAGCUGGCAGGACAUUGAUUCGGCUCGGAGGACCAAACUCAACCAACCAACCAACCGAUUACCGAUUACCAACUACCAACUAUCGAGAACAUACCGCCACCCAACCCGCCCUGCCCUUCUUGCUCACUAACCAAGCAUAUUUGAUUAAUAAUUUAUUAUUAUUACAUUAAAAUAUACUUAGUAGCCUGUAAGUAAAGCUAAUUAAUGCUAAUUAGAAAACAUCUAAUGUGUACUAAACAUCAGUAUUGAGUUAAGUGUUUUUUUUUCCAAGCCCAUUUUUUUUAUGCUAAUAAAUGUACUAUGCGAAUAAUACAUAUAAAUAUAUAUACACAAUAUACGAUAUAUAAACUUUUAGCGAUUAGAGAUGCAAAUUCUGCACAAAAGGAAGCGAGGAGAAGUCAUCUAAACGAAUCUACCCUCUAAACAUAUUUGCAUUCGCGGACAUACCAAGUGCAACAUGCGGUAUGGAUCGCGUUUGCCACUCUGGAGACCAAAAGCACAGUUCAACAAUCACAGCAACAAUCAAUCAAUCAUUCAUUCAACCAAUCAAUCAAUCAAGCAAACGAUCAUGCAGUCACAGAACUGCAUCGAACCAUCAAACUACACAAAAGGCAUUUAGGUGUGAAUGGGUUUCGUGUUUUUAUAAGAAGCUAAACCAUAUUAUAUUAAAGUAUAAACCACUACGUUUUAAUAUUUUGUGUUCGACUAAACACUGCUACCAACCCUCGAGAUAAACAUACAUAUACAUACAUAUUUUUUUGUAUACUUUGUAAAAUAUGUGACACAUAAUCCAAAUAGCAAGCAAAUAAAUAACCAAAAUAAAAAUGA